AUGAUUGAUUUACAUUAUAUUUAGGAGACUAACGCAAUUGUUUACAAAGGAUUGACAGAUCAAAAAUGGAGAUAUAGUACUUUGGAUAUAAACACAGGUAUUACAUAAACUUACAUAAUUGAUGGAAUGAGUGACUUAUUUGGUAGUUUCGCUUAAUAUCUUCUUUAAAAUAAUUAAUAGCUACUCUACUUUUAUAAUUACCGUGACCCUAGUGAUUCUUAUUAUAUAAUUGACUUAAGUAUACUAACUAGUAAUAAUUUAAAAUAUCUCUCAAUAAAUAAGUAUGCCAAUAAAGGAUGCGACUCAUUUUAUUUUGUUUCAUAAUAUGAUUCACUUUAUUACUAUACUUGCACUGUUCAUGGUUCUGGCACUGUAGAUAAUUACCUUUGGAAAGCGUCUUCUUUGUAAGAUUUAGAAACAGCUACUUCUAAAGUGAAAUUCAACAAUCAGUUAUUUAAAAAAACAUAUAUAGUGUUCGAUGAAACUUUACUAGUGUAUAAAGGAAAAGAAUAUACUAACUUUUUAUCUAUAACCAGUAUUCAGACUAUAAGAUUAUAUGAUUUAAAAUAUGACAUAUUUUUAUUCGAUUAUUAACUCUGUAAAGCAACUAUGACUGGAUCUACUUUUGAUUGCUCAAAAAAGUAUGAUUUAGGAUUAAAUCCUACCAAAGAUUGUAUCAUAUCUAAAGUAUUCAACUCAAAUGGAAAAGAUAUUAUAUUUGGCUUUAACUAUAAGACAAAUAAUUAUAAUUUUUUAGAGGCUGAAACAUUUAAUACUAUAUAUGCAAAUGGAGAUAACAUAAUAAGUAAUAUAAAACCUGAACAAAUUAUAUAAAUCAAAAAUUAUGUUUAUAUUCAAUCAAAUCUUUAUUCAAUCACUUAUGAUUCUUAGUCAGCUAAACUUAAUAUUAAGCUAAUAACUUCAUCUUUACCUUCUGGAGAUUAUACUUUAGCUUCAAUUCCAUAUGAUGAAUAAAACUUUUAAUAUGGAAAUUUUAUUUGUUUAUAUCAAAAUUCUAAAUCAUUAAUUUUAAAUAUAUACUCUCUUUACUGCCCAGCUGGUUGUUAGUAUUGCCCUAUUUAAAAUCAUAAUUAAUGUUGUAGUUCAAAUUGUAUUGAAUGUAAUGAUGAAUAAACUUGUUUAACUUGUAGUCCUGGAUAUAUGAUGUAAUUAGAUCAAACAUGUGAUAAAACUUGUCCUAUUUCUGCUUAAAUUGAUAACAUUAAUAAAAAGUGUAUAUGUGAUCCAAACGCGACUUUUACCAAUAAAGAGUGUAAAUGUAAUAAUUCUUAUUAUUUGAGUGGUAAUUAGUGUUAAAAGUGUUAAUCUAAUUGUGAUUUUUGUUAAAACUCAUAAAAUUGUUAGUAAUGUUCAUCAGGCUUCUAUUUGUAUCCAAAUGGAUCAUGUCAAUUGUGUGAUAUUCAGAAAGGGUUUUAUAUCAAGUAAAAAUUAAAAAAUACUUCUCUUGAAUUCAAUUUUUAACAAUUUUAUUUUGAUUUAAUUAAUGCUUAUUUUUAAUUAAACUAAUAUAUUUAACAUUAAUAAAUCAAUACUUUUAAAAAAUAUUUUUUUUAAAAAAAAGUAACAAUAAUUGUAUUCCUUGUGACUCAUCGUGUUUAACUUGUGAAGGAAGCAGUUAAUAACAAUGCACAAGUUGCUACGAUGGAUUCACUUUAUUAAAGAAAUAAUGUUAAUAAGUUUAUCUACCUUUAAAGAAUUCAGUUUUAAGCUAAGAUUAAGUUUAAAAUAUAGAUUAAUCUUCAAAAACGGUUUCUAGCGUGUAAACAUAUAGCUCAUAUUCUUAGAAUAUAGCUAUGGGUUUAAUGA